AUGGCGAAGAAGCUCUCCGGCCAUGAAGUCGCCAAGCACAAUACCAAGGACUCGUGCUGGGUAAUUGUCCAUGGAAAGGCCUACGACGUGACUGAAUUUCUGCCAGAACACCCCGGUGGCCAGAAAAUUAUCCUCAAGUAUGCCGGCAAAGAUGCGACGGAGGAAUUCGACCCCAUCCACCCUCCGGACACUCUCGACAAGUAUCUGCACCCGUCGAAGCAUCUCGGCGAAGUCGACAUGGAUACUGUCGUGCAGGAGGUGAAAGAGCAGGACCCUGCCGAGGUUGAACGCCAGGAGCGCAUCAAGCGGAUGCCUCCGCUUUCCCAGUGCUACAACCUGCUCGACUUUGAGGCUGUGGCCCGCUAUGUCAUGAAGCCGACGGCCUGGGCCUACUACUCCAGUGGUGCAGACGAUGAGAUUACCAUGCGAGAGAACCAUUCGGCCUUCCACAAGAUCUGGUUCCGGCCUCGGAUCCUCGUCGAUGUCGAGAAGGUCGACUUCUCCACCACGAUGCUGGGAACCAAGGUCUCGAUUCCGUUCUAUGUGACGGCCACCGCUCUGGGUAAACUGGGGCACCCGGAGGGCGAGGUCGUGCUGACCAAGGCCGCCUACAAACACAACGUCAUCCAGAUGAUCCCGACGCUGGCAUCCUGCUCGUUUGACGAGAUCGUCGACGCGCGUCAGGGCGACCAGGUGCAGUGGCUGCAGCUGUACGUCAACCGGGAUCGCGAGAUCACGAAACGCAUCGUCCAGCACGCGGAGAAGCGCGGGUGCAAGGGGCUUUUUAUCACCGUGGACGCGCCGCAGCUGGGUCGCCGUGAGAAGGACAUGCGGUCCAAGUUCUCGGAAGCCGGGUCGAACGUGCAGGAAACCGGCGGGGAGAAAGUCGACCGGUCGCAGGGCGCUGCUCGCGCCAUUUCGUCGUUCAUCGACCCCAGCCUGUCGUGGAAGGACAUCCCGUGGUUCCAGUCGAUCACCAAGAUGCCCAUUGUGCUGAAGGGGGUGCAGUGCGUCGAGGACGUGUUGCGCGCCAUCGAGGUCGGCGUCCAGGGCGUUGUCUUGUCGAACCACGGCGGUCGACAGCUCGACUUUGCGCGCUCCGGGAUUGAGAUUCUGGCCGAGGUGAUGCCCGUCCUGCGCGAACGUGGCCUGGAGAACAAGAUCGAGAUCUUCAUCGACGGCGGAGUCCGGCGCGCAACCGACAUUAUCAAGGCUCUCUGCCUAGGCGCCAAGGGCGUGGGAAUCGGCCGGCCGUUCCUGUACGCCAUGUCGUCGUACGGCCUGGACGGCGUCGACCGCGCCAUGCAACUGCUCAAGGACGAGAUGGAGAUGAACAUGCGCCUGAUCGGCGCGUCCAAGAUCGAGGACCUCAACCCGAGCCUGCUCGACCUGCGCGGGUUGCAGUCGGGCCACCACGCCGUUGUCCCGCAGGACACGCUGAGCGUGAACGUGUACGACUCGUUGAAGUCGCCGCAGUUCAGCAAGAAGCCCAAGCUGUAG